UAGGGGUCGAUAAUGUUUUCAAGUACCCAGCCUGUUAUCGUGAAACACUGAGACCCUUCAUCCGCACCGUUUUGGAAUUUAGGGUUCAUCACAAUCUUUGAUCUCAGCCAUUAGAGAAGCUGAGAUGGAAAGGUCGUCGUUACGAUUCCGUUUGUUGGUGUUUGUUCACGACCUUUCGCCCUCUUUACCUCCAUCGAAACGAGACAGCAUCCAGAUUCAUCACAUUAAACAUGUUAUUAACUAUUUCAGCCACGAUCUACACUUCAAUGUGUGUGAAUCUUCUUAGAGGCAGUGUUUAUACGGAUAUAAAAAGAAUGGUAACUGUUUAUGUAUCUGAGCAUUCAGAGCUAGAUACGGCGGUUUUGGGCCAUUCCACAAAGCAACAGGUCUUGAAUCCUUCAUCUCGGCGGUGGCAUCUUCGGCAACUAACGAUGCUAACGAUGCAUUUUCGGUGGUGGUUUCACUGUCGUUGCUUGAGCUUCCACCUACACAAGCAGUGGAGUUUCUCCAUUUCUCUGAUUCGUCGUCUUCGUCUUUCAAGCACUGGCCUGUACCAGAAUCGGUUUAGAUAUCUCUCCACCGCAGCUUCUGGACAUUGACUUUUCCUUCUAACUCAGCCCUCUUGGAGCGAGCAUCUCACUUCUCGGUACAUGUACAAACGCGCCACUAAGAAGCUUGCAGAAGCCGAGACGCUCUUGGUAGCAUUUACUGAGUUUGAAGAGCGAUUCAAGGAGUCGGAACGUGCUAGGUUUAUCUAUAAGUUUGGUCUUGAUCAUAUUCCUACAUGGAGAGCUGAGGAUUUGUAUAAAAAGUUUGUGGCGUUUGAGAAACAGUAUGGUGAUAAGGAAGAGACUGAGGACGCCACUGCUGGGAAGAGGAGGUUUCAGUAUGAAGAUGAAGUGAGGAAGAACACUUUGAACUAUGAUUCUUGGUUUGAUUACGUUACGUUGAUCAUACUACGCAUAAGAAGAUUGUUGCAUUUUGUGGAAAGCUAUUGUUGUUGUUUUUUUUUGAAACAAGUGGAAAGGAUUAACUAUGCAUUGUAUGGAGAUAUUGAAACAAAAGAUGUGGAGCGUACACAAGAUGUAUACAUGUACACCAAAGCCUACCUGUUCUGAAACUUGCGAAGUUACUUUCAUUUAUGUUUCACUCUAGCAUUUUAGUUUGACUGUCUGUAUUCGUCUUACCAAACAUUACAGAUAAUGUCUCGAGCUUAUCCCCCAUUCUAAAUUCUCCUUUGCCAAAAUAUGGUUGCUUGCUGCUCAGUUUGAAAUCCGGCAAUUGGAUCUCGCCGGUGCUCGGCAGAUAUGAGGAAACGUGCCAGAUGUAACUUUAAAGCUACACUAGAUUUUGACCCGCGCUUUGAAAACGCGGGUUUUAUGGGUUAUAUACGAAGUUGGAUAUGAGAUAUUAUUUUGAGUAGAUUGUGUAUUAUUAUGUUAUAAAGUCGUAUUAUAUCA